AUGACAGAGUUUGCUCUCAAUCAAGUGAAACUUCUCGGGUUUGAAUCAGGGUGGAUUUAUAACACCUCAAGAAUUUUAGAAGGUAGAUAUGUUCAACUAUCGGAGAGGCUAUCUACAACAAAUUCACAAAUAAAUCACUUUGCCUUAGGACCUUUUAACCCGGUGAAAAUCAAAAGUGAAAGCAUGAAAAAUAGACACCAAUGCCUUCAUUGGCUAGACAAACAAGAGAAGGAUUCGGUGAUAUACGUGUCUUUUGGGUCGACAACAUCUCUGACGGAUGAUCAGAUCACAGAGUUGGCAAACGGGUUGGAAAGAUGCGGAGAGAAGUUUAUAUGGGUGCUUAGAAGAGCGGAUCCAAACGACGUUUUUGCAGAAGCUGAUAAAGUAAAGAAGCCUCAACUUCAUGCAGAUUAUGAAGAAAGAGUAAAAGACAGGGGAAUAAUAGUAAGAGAUUGGGCACCGCAGCUAGAAAUCUUGGCUCAUACAUCAUUUGGCGGGUUCAUGAGUCAUUGUGGAUGGAAUUCUUGUAUGGAAAGUGUAAGUAUGGGCGUGCCGAUUCUGGCCUGGCCUAUGCAUUCUGAUCAACCAAAGAAUGCGUUUUUGAUUAGCAAUGUGCUUAGAAUUGGUGUAAUGGUGAGAGAUUGGGAACACCGCGGUGAGAUUGUAAAAUCAAUUACGAUAGAGAAUGCAGUGAAGACAUUGAUGGCAUCACAAGAAGGAAAGGAGAUAAAGAUGAGAGCAGCAAAUGUAGGAGAAGCUGUGAGAGGAUCAGUUGCUGAAGGUGGUGCUUCCAGUUCAGAAAGGGAUGCCUUCAUUUCCCAUAUCUCUAGAUAG